AGCUUCUGCCUCUGUCUGUUGCAGCCUCUGGCCUGCAGGCAGCGGGACCCCCGGCAGGUUCAGGCAGAGGGGUUUCUGCUGGGGGGCUUUUUUGCAACCCCUCACAUUUGGAACCAGAGCCAGACAUUGGAGGCUGUUUUAAAAUCCGUUCUUCUGGCUCUGACUGGAGCUCAGACACGCCUCAGGCACGGUGUGACAGAUGUCUGUGGGUCCUUGAAUGCAUCACGGACGCAUUGUGAAAGCGGCACUGACGCACACGGACUGCACACUUUCACUUCCGCCGGCCUCCCGGCUGCUGUCGGGUUCCCAGAGGGACGGACGGGUUCUGGGGCCGUUCCUGUGGGGUCCGGUUGCUGUGAGAUGAGGCCGGGGGUCAGCUGCAGGCGUCCGCGGGCAGGAGGGGACCAGCUGUCCGGGCUCCGGGUCCGGGUCUCUCUCAGCGCGGGGACCCUGGCUCAGAUGGAGGACAGCACACAGUCCUGGUUGGACGUCCUCACCUACCACAGAGAGCUGCUGGUGUCCAGGCUCAGGAGCAUCCAGUGCCUCCUGGACAACCUGCAGGCCAGUGGCUUCUUUUGUGAGGAGGAUGUUGAGAUUGUUCAGCGGAUGGUCACCAAGGCAGAUCAGGUGCGCAAAAUCCUGGAGCUGGUCCAGUUUAAAGGGGAGGAGGUCUGUGGAUAUUUCCUUUUCAUCAUUUCUAAAGUAUGUGACGCAUAUGUGGACCUCCAGCCAUGGCUGGAGGAGAUCAACUUCAGCCCAAGCCCUGACGUAGCGCAGAUAAGGGUGGUUAACACAGACCCCAUCAGCAGGUACUGUGAGAGGCUGCGGCAGGAGAUGAGCCGGGACACCAGCUUCAUCAUGUCCUACGGGCAGCAGGACGAGACCCGGCUGGAGGACCUGUACACCGACACGGUGAUGGAGCUGCUGGGCGACCGCGGGGAAAGCCUGGGCUUCCUCCAGAGUCUGGACCAGCUCCUGCUGGACCAGGCCGUUUUCAACCCUCAGGGGGAAAUCACCUACGUGACGGGGGACGCUGGGGUGGGGAAGUCCAUCCUCCUGCAGAAGCUGCAGAACCUCUGGUCCAAAAGGGAGCUGCAGACAGAUGCCAUCUUCUUCUUCAAGUUCCGCUGUCGAAUGUUCAGUGUUUUCAAAGACAACGAGCAGAUCUCCCUUCGAGACCUCCUGUUCAAGUACAACUGCUACCCGGAUCACGACCCGGAUAACGAAGUCUUUGACUACAUCAAGCGCUUCCCAGAAAAGGUUGUGUUCACCUUCGAUGGCUACGAUGAGAUUCAGGAGGACCCGGAGCUGAUGAACGUGCCUGAAGUGGUGUCACCAGAGGACGGGGCGCACCCCCUCCAGCUGCUCAUCGGCCUGCUGUGUGGGAAGCUCCUGAAGGGCUCCAAGAAGGUGCUGACCGCGCGGACAGGGACGGAGAUGCAGACCAAAGUGAUCAGGAAGAAGGUGGCUUUGCGUGGCUUCUCCUUGGAGCACCUCAAAGCCUACACUAAACUGCACUUUAAGGAGCAGGAACAUCAGGAGCUGGUGUCGGUGCAGCUGGACGCCAGCCCCCACCUCAGCGGCCUCUGCUCCACGCCGCUCUUCUGCUGGAUUGUCUUCAAGAGCUUCAGGCACCUGCACACAAUGCACGACAGCUUCCACCUGCCUGAGAGCUGCGUCACACUGACUGACAUCUUCCUCCUGCUCUCGGAGGUCUUCCUCAGCCGCUCGGCCUCACCGGCCCCGUCUCUGCUGAAGAAAAGCUCCCGCUGCACAGCGGAGACCUUCAGGGCGGGCCUCAGGCCCCUGGCUGCCUUCUCUAAGCUGGCCCUUCACAGUCUGGAGGGAGGCAGCUUCAUCUGUGAUCAGGACCAGGUCAGUGAGUGCGGGCUGACGGCGGAGGACCUGGCCCUGGGCUUCCUGCGGCCGGCCGGGGGCUGUGAUCCCGGCCAGGGCCCCGCCGCAUUCGAGUUCAUCCACGUCACCCUCCAGUCUUUCCUGGCUGCGUUUGCUCUUGUGCUGGAUGAGCAGUCUGCUGCAGGCUCCAUCCUUAAGUUUUUCACCAAGUGCAGCAAGAGAACAGAAUCAUCCUGUCUGUCUUUAGCUGCCUGCAUCCGCUCUGUGAAACCCAGAGAGACGCAGCCGUUUGCAGCAAACGACCACCUUCAGUUCACCAACCUGUUCUUGUGUGGACUCUUGUCAAAAAGUAAGAUGGGGCUGAUGGGGCAGCUGGUUCCUCCCGCUUUAGUAAAGAAAAAGCAGGCUUUGUUAAAGUCUUACCUGUCCACUAGUGUCAAGUCCCAUCUGCAAGGCCUACCCCACUGCACUGUUGAGGAGGGCAGGAAGGUGCACGUGCUGCCCGCCUUUCUCUGGAUCCUGAGGUGCGUCUUUGAGACGGGCAGCAAAGACAUAGCUAAGAUGACAGCCAAAGGCAUCACAGCCGGCUUCAUCAAGCUGGGCCACUGCAACGUCUACUCAGGAGACUGCACGGCGCUGAACUUUGUGCUGCAGCACCGUCAGAAGCUCCUGGGUCUGGACAUGGACAACAACAACAUCAGCGACUUCGGUGUGAAGCAGCUCAGGCCGUCCUUCUGCAAGAUGACAGUGGUGAGGUUGUGUGUCAACCAGCUGACAGACAGCAGCAUGGAGGUUCUGGCAGAGGAGCUGUGCAGACACAGAAUUGUAGAGGUUUUAGGGCUUUACAACAAUCACAUCACGGACAUCGGGGCUAAGCUUGUUGCUCGGAUAAUUGAGGAAUGCCCCAAGCUGGCAGUUGUCAAGAUUGGUAAAAACAGGAUCACCAGCAUUGGUGGGAGAUAUUUGGCCCGUGCGAUUCAGAAGAGCUCUUCAAUAUUUGAUGUGGGGAUGUGGGGCAACAGCAUUGGUGAUGAGGGAGCCGAGGCUUUUGCUGAAGCUCUGCGGAACCACUCCAGGCUUACCAACCUCAGCCUGUCAGCCAAUGGCAUCACAUCAAGAGGAGGGAGGUGUUUGGCAGAAGCUCUGAAAGAGAACAGUGUCCUCAGGAUAUUCUGGUUGGUGCACAAUGAGCUGAGCGAUGAGGCUGCUCCACAUUUGGCCGAACUGAUCCGAGCCGACACUGGUCUGAGCCACCUCUGGUUAAACGACAACAGGUUCUCUGCAGAUGGGUUCCAGCAUUUCAAAGAGGCUCUGACUCACAACACAAAGCUUAAAGAGAUAUGCGUUGGAGGAAACCAGCUCUCCAAAGAGGAAGAGACACGGUUUGAGUCAGAGAAACGUCUGCGCUUCCACUGACGCCCGCCUCACAUCUGAGUCUGUGGCCCCGCCCACCACCGACAGGCUCC